UGGGCAGCUGGGAACCAUAGAGGCAACGGCGCUCUGGCUAAGUGGUCUCCCUGAUUGGCUGGCAGAGGAUGGGGCGGAGCCAGUAGGUGUGGAGCUUCCGGGUACGGAGAAGCGAAGCGCCUACGGGAGGGAGGCCUCCGGCCUGGGCUCCCCGAGAGUGCCCAUGCCAGUGCACCCAGUGCCCAAGGAGGUGGAGGAGAUGGAGGGGGAUGGGGACUCGGCACCUGAGCUAAAUGGCGAAGAGGAGGAGAGCGAGGAGGAGCAUAGUGCCAGCCCUUCUGAGUCAGAGGAAGAAAGCUCAGAGAUGGACGAGGAGGACUGUGAGAGGCGCCGCAGUGAGUGCCUGGAUGAGAUGUGUGACCUGGAGAAGCAGUUCUCUGAGCUCAAGGAAAAGCUAUUCAAGGAGCGACUGAACCAGGUGAAGGCCAAGCUGGAGGAUGUGGCGUCGGGGCGGGCAGCCGAGUACCUCGACCCCCUGGGUGUUCUGCAGAACAACAUGAAGAUCCGCAUCGAGGUGGCUGGCAUAUACAAGGGGCUAUGCCUGGAGGUGGUCAGGAACAAGCACGAGUGUGAGCUGCAGGGAGCACACCAGCACCUGGAGAGUGAAAAGCUGCUGCUGUACGACAACAUGCAGAGCGAGCUGCUGGAGCGCAUCCAGCGCCUGGAGGAUGAUCGGCAGAGCAUUGACAUCACCUCGGAGUGGUGGGACGACAAGCUGCGCCCCAAAAACAGCCUCAAGAAGUGGGAUCCCUUCCGGCCCGCCAAGAGGAAGAAAGCACCACUUGUGUCUGGCCCCUACAUCGUCUACAUGCUGCGGGACAUCGACAUCCUGGAAGACUGGACGGCCAUCAAAAAGGCUAAAGCAGCCGUGUCCCCCCAGAAAAGAAAAUCAGAUGUGCUGGUGAAGGUGGAGAAGCCGGGGGCCCAGUUCUCAGCCCGUUGUGAGGAGGGGCGGCUGCAUUACGAGGGCGAGAUCUACAGCAAAGGGCAGAGCGUUAUCCUGGAGGUCGGGGACGAGGCGCCCGCGCAUUGCAGAAGGGCAAGUACUCGGUGCGCAAGGCUUGAGCGGGCCCUCUCGUGGCUCAGCCCUGUGGCUCGGCACAGGCCUCCUCCUGGAAACCAAUGGCCCACGGAUCCUCCCCGGCGCAGCGAGUGGCUGGGCUUGCUCUCCCCUUGCACUAGGACUCCGAUGGAGAGGACUCUGGGGCCCUGCCCGGCGGGGUGUUCCCAUGGCCAGCACUCCCGCCUCAGAUCCCUGCAGACAGGCCAGCACGAGGCUUCACUGCUCGCUUCCCUCACUAGGACUCUGAUGUUUGUAGCAAUCUUGGGGGGCUGCACGUAAACCCCGGUGCCUGGGGCUGUUGUGCCCCCCAGGGAAAUAGGGGUGCUGGUUCCAGGGGCUUCAGCAGGAAAAGCCCUUGGCCUCGGCCAGCCCCCUGGAAGCGUUCACAUUAAAAACCAAGUGAAACAUA